AUGGCAAACUUCACACCCAUUGGUAAGUCAUAUUCCAGCCUUUUCCCCAAACUUGUCCAGAUGGGUCUGUUGCAGCCCGUCCCCCAAACCAGACAGAACCCAGAAUCGCCCUCCUACAGAGCCGGUACUCGAUGUGCUUACCAUUCGGGAGCGGAAGGGCAUGAUACAGACGACUUUUGGACCCUGAAAAGGGCUGUGGAAAAUCUCAUAGAACAAAAACGAAUAGUGCUAAAGGAUGAAGACGUUCCUAAUGUAACCAACAAUCCAUUACCGGCUCACAACAACGGGCCGGUUAUUGGAAUAAUUUGUGAAGAUAAAGAGUUUGACCCAGCUCUAAAAGCCAUCAUUGCCAUGGCCGAUGUGGAAAAGAAGCCAAAGGCUGUCGCGAAACGAGACAAAGGGGAGAAAAAGAGUAAACCCACCACUCGGAAUACUAAAAAGAAAGAGGAAACCGAAGCUGGGUCAGCGCCCUCAAAAGAUGACGUUCUCUAUGUUCCCCGGGGUCACGGGAAAGGACAAAUGACAUUGAGCCCUCCAAGAAGGUUUGAGCUAAACAAGGGAUCUAAAAUGUAUGUUCCUAAAGGGACCUACGUGGUGCGGGGACCAGUAAUUUCACCAAGGCUGAAUGAGACCGUGGUUAUUGGCCGCGCACCGCAGAGGCCCAUGACAGAUCCCACUGCCGUCCCAUGGAACUACAACAAGGGGGUAGUAACUUACAAGGGGAAAGAGAUCUCGGGAGAAGCAAAGGAAAAUAACCCGGCUGAGAAAUACCUCAAUCUGGAGGAAGUGAAUAAUGCCACGAAGAAGCGUUUCCCACUCAAGAAGCCCGUUAGUGCUGAAGAAGCAGAAGAGUUCUUCCGAAAAAUGAAAAUGGCGGACAAUGAGAUAAUUGACCAACUCCGGAAGUCUCCUGCUCAGGUCUCUUUGUUGUCUCUGCUAAUGAAUUCAAUUGAACAUCAGAAAGUGUUGAUCAAAACCCUCAAUGAGGCGUAUGUUCCCAUAGAAACCACUGUGGAACAGUUGGAAAGGAUGGCAGAAAGGUUUUUUGCAGUCAAUCAAGUUUCUUUUAGCAAGAAUGAUUUGCCCCCGGAAGGGGCCGCCCACAACAAAGCCCUUCAUCUAACAGUUAAAUGCGAGGGAUAUUAUGUGAAAAGGGUCAUGCUGGAUGGUGGUUCCGGAGUAGAUAUUUGCCCUCUCUCAACUCUGCAAAGAAUGGAGAUCGGUAUCGAGAGAAUCAGGCCCAACAACGUCUGUGUGCGUGCCUUUGAUGGUAUCAAAAGAGACACCAUAGGUGAGAUCGAUCUGAUCUUGACUAUUGGUCCGGUGGAUUUCGAGGUGACCUUUCAGGUCUUGGACAUGGAUACUUCCUAUAAUUUCCUCUUGGGAAGACCUUGGAUUCACGCAGCAGGGGCUGUACCUUCCACUCUCUACCAGAUGGUGAAAUUUGAACAUGAAGAUCAGGAGAUUGUAGUUCACGGAGAAGAUGAGUAG